ACCUCGUACGGGGGGGUUAGCCUGAUCGGCAAAAAGUUCGCGAUUCGAAAAUUAAUUAGAGAAAAUGCCUCCACACCAAGAAAAGGUUCCUUGUAGCACCCCCGAAUUGGACACCAGUGGAUACGACAAUGGGGCAUUCGUGGGGGAAUCGUCGCCGGAAAAAAGUGAAAAUGCGGUUUCGGAAAAUGAGAAAAACGAUUCGUUCGAGUUUGAUGAUUUGCUGCCGUAUAUUGGAGAGUUUGGGAUUUACCAGAAGAUUUUGUUUGUGUUGAUGAUACCAUUCGCGUUUUCUGUGGCUUUCGUGUAUUUCGCCCAAAUUUUCAUCACGAUUGUGCCUGAGCAUUGGUGUUGGGUACCAGAGUUGGCCAAUCUGACUGCAGAACAAAGACGAGCAUUUGCGAUUCCGUUGGGAUCUGAUGGCCGCCAUGACAGUUGCAGCAUGUAUGAUGUCAACUUCACGGAACUCCAAUCACGUGGCUUGUUGGACAAGCCGGACCCCUCUUGGAAAGUGGUCGCUUGCAGACAUGGCUGGGAGUACAACUACACCGAAGUACCAUAUUCAUCUAUAUCGACAGAGCAAGACUGGGUGUGCGACAAUUCAGCUCUCCCGUCUACCGCUCAAGCCAUCUUCUUCUGCGGCGCCAUAUUGGGAGGCCUCGUGUUCGGCUGGAUCGCCGAUCGCUUCGGGAGGAUACCGGCCUUGGUGGGUACCAACGUGGUGGGUUUCGUCAGCGGAUGCGCCACAGCCUUCUGCGGCAGUUUUUGGGCUUUCUGCGUAUGCAGAUUCAUCGUGGGGAUGGCUUUCGACAAUUGCUUCACCAUGAUGUACAUCCUGGUUUUGGAAUAUGUUGGGCCGAAAUGGAGGACCUUCGUUGCCAAUAUGUCCAUAGCGAUUUUCUUCACUUUUGCUGCUUCAAUUUUACCCUGGUUGGCGUAUUACCUGGCUGAUUGGAGGCUUUUGUGUUACGUCACUUCAGCACCAUUGGCAUUUGCUGUGCUCACUCCAUGGCUUGUACCUGAAUCAGCAAGAUGGCUGGUUUCUCAAGGUCAAACCGAUAAAGCGAUUGGCAUCCUCCGAAAAUUUGAGAGAAUCAACAAGACCAAAGUCGGUGAGAACAUCUACGAGCAAUUUAGGAGUUCUUGUGCCAAGGCCCAGAAGGAAGAAGACGCAGACCGAACGUACACCGUCCUGGACCUGUUCAAAACUCCGCGCCUGCGCAAGAUCACCGUCGUCCUCAUCGUCCUCUGGAUGGCCAUCUCGCUGGUGUUCGACGGUCACGUGAGGAACGUCGAGACGCUCGGAUUGGACGUCUUCUUGACCUUCACCGUCGCCAGCGCCACAGAAUUUCCUGCCGACACUUUUCUGACGUUGGUGCUCGACGUGUGGGGCAGAAGAUGGUUGGCUUCCGGGUCGCUGAUUGUCAGUGGGGUGUUCAGUUUGCUGGCAACCACGGUACCCAUGGGAAUAGCAUCUGCUACCUUGGCCAUAUGCGGAAGAUUUGCCAUCAAUAUCUCUUACAACAUCGGGCUGCAGUAUGCUGCUGAAAUUCUGCCAACUGUAGUUAGGGCACAAGGAGUGGCACUUAUUCAUAUAAUGGGAUAUGUGGCCAGUAUUAUUGCACCAUUUGUAGUAUAUUUGGCUAAUAUUUCCGCAUCGUUGCCACUUUUCAUCCUAGGGGUUUUGGGUAUACUAGGAGGAAUUUUAGCUCUAUUUCUGCCCGAAACUCUCGACCAAGAGCUGCCACAAACACUCCAAGAUGGCGAGAACUUCGGACUGGGUCAGAAAAUGUGGGACUUUCCUUGCAUCAAUCAAAAGGUUCCAUCGACACCAGUCACACCCAGGUUCUGCAGGACUUCAUCUUUGAGAGCCUCGUUCAGAGGAGAGGUUAGGUCAAGCAUGAUCAACAGGUCUUCGAUUAGAUCAAGGAAAUUGCCAGAAAACGAAGCCGUUUAAUAGAAAACGAUUUUUUCUUGAAGUUGAGCUGUGAUAUGAUAAUUCGUUUCCAAAAAUUCAAAUAUUUGUUUCAUUUAAUACUCUUUUUCAGAAAGUACAAAAAUGUACGUGAAUCAAAUUCAAAUUCUUGAACGGAAUUCAAUUCCCAAUAUCCCAUUAUCGUGAAAUAUGAAUGUAUAUAUAUGUAUAAUUAAGUAAGGUGAUGUAAUUGGACAUCAAUGUCGAAAAGCAGUUCCUUGCUAUUUCCUCCUAGAUUAGAUGAAUCUUAAAUUUUAUAUUAUUUAAAAAAUUAUUAUUUUAAUUUAUUCUUUUAUUAAUUUAUAAGUCACCAUAAAGUAUUGUGUCUGUGUGUAGUUUUAUCUCAUAUUCAUUAACAUCCUCUAACAUCAUGUGGAUAAUUCUGGAUAUAUGAAUACAAGGUGAACAAGAAAAAAUUCAAAAAAUUUACCUAAUAUUCAUAAUAAAUCAUUCAAUUACUCAUAGUUUUAGUAUGUUUUAGUAUUAUUUUAUGUAAAACGACACUUCUUAGUGUGUAAGGGUACCCACAUUAUAAAAUUCUCAGGAAAAUAUACAAAUUGAAAGAAUAUU